UCUCGCCUUCUUUAACCUUCUUUGUUUUAUAAAUCGUAUUGGAUUGGAAUGCUGUUUCCCACUUGUACAUUUGCUAGCUUUACACAGUAUACCGGAAAGGCCUGGCUCGGAGUUCGGGUAGAAUGUAAACUAUGAUGUACUUAUGGAAUACACACCAUGAUGACCAAGUUUUGCCAGUCCGUCGCAAGCGACAGUCGGAUGCUCUGUGGAAUUUGGCUGCGGACUACCUGGAGUACAACUACUCCGAUUAUGACUAUCCCGGGGGGUGGGAUUACGGCAGGGAGGAAGACCAGACUCACUUUUUCUACCCCGGGGACGUCGGUGAGUUACGGAAGCCCUGGGUGAAAGAGCCUCAUGUCAUCCCCGUGGUCACCGUCUACACUCUAACCUUUAUCUUCGGCAUCUGUGGUAACACACUUGUGAUAUUUUCCCUUUUGAAAUUUCACCGGAGUCGCUCUAUAACGACGCCUUUUUUGACAAGCCUUGCAGUUGCCGAUCUGCUCUUUUUGCUCGUUUGCGUGCCGUACGAAACGACACGUUACUUCAUAGGUCACUGGGCACUCGGUAGGGCGUUCUGUAAAAUAUCAGGGUUUGUGGAAAUGUUAACUGCUGUGGCGUCAAUUCUGAAUCUUACAGCCGUCAGCGUUGAAAGAUAUCUUAUGCUGGUUCACCCACUGAAGUCUCGACCACCUUGGACGAACGUGCUUAUAAAACGUGUUCUUAUUGUCGUGUGGAUUCUCUCCUUUGGGAUCUCUUCGCCUGUCCUUUAUGUAAUGACAACCGAAAAUACAACGUAUUUUAACAACCAAUCGUCGGUAGUGAUAGUAUUUUGUGCGGACGUGGGCAUUCCGGAUGACCAUCGCCUGGUAUUCGCAGUCUAUCAGCUGGUCGUUAUGUUUGCGGCCCCACUCCUAGUUAUGGCGUGCUGCUAUUCCAGGGUUAUCCACGCUCUCUGGAUCAGCACAAAAGACCUCCGGAAUCUUACAGAAAAAAAAGUUAGUAUAACUUUGUGUUUUAACUGA